GAAUAGUCUCCUCCUCUCGUAUCCUUUCGUCUCUCUCUCUUUCUAACUUCGUCUACGAUCAUCAAGUUUCUUCAUUUCAUCUCACCCUUUCACGGAUUCCUCUGUUAGAGGGUUAUGAGAGGUGGUGAAAACACGGAUCUCUUCGACCCCAAAACCCAGAUGGACUCCGAUUUCUCCCGUCACGGCUCCUCCUCCGAAGGCGACUUCGGAUUCGCCUUCAACGACAGCAACUUCUCCGAUCGAUUGCUCCGGAUCGAGAUCAUGGGUAAUCCAUCUGAUUCCAGGUCAGACGUUGAGGGAUGCACGAGCAUCGCCGAUUGGGCUCGUCAUCGCAAGAGGAGAAGAGAAGAUAUCAAAAAGGAAUCUGUUACUAUUUCGGACAUCGUGGCGUGUCCUGAGGAGCAGAUUUUGACGGAUGAGCAGCCUGAUAUGGAUGGGUGUCCUGGUGGUGAUAAUCUUGAUGAUGAAGGUGAGGCAAUGAUUGAAGAGGCUUUAUCAGGUAGUGAUGAAGAGGAUACAAGUAGUGAGCCAAGCUGGGGGAUGGAUUGUUCUAAAGUUGUUAGGGUUAUUGAACUUCAUAUUAGCUCUCCUAUCUUAGCUGCCAAAAGCCCUUUCUUUUACAAGUUGUUCUCCAAUGGCAUGAGGGAAUCUGACCAAAGGCAUGUCACUCUUCGAAUCAAUGCUUCAGAGGAAGCUGCUUUGAUGGAGCUUUUAAACUUCAUGUACAGCAACGUGGUAUCUGUGGCCACAGCACCUGCUUUGUUAGAUGUGCUCAUGGCUGCUGAUAAAUUUGAGGUUGCCUCUUGCAUGAGGUACUGCAGCAGGCUUCUCCGCAGUAUGCCUAUGACUCCCGAGUCUGCGCUGCUCUAUCUCGAGCUACCCUCUAGUGUUCUGAUGGCUAAAGCUGUUCAGCCUUUAACCGAUGCUGCAAAACAGUUCCUUGCUGCCCGCUACAAGGAUAUUACCAAGUUUCAGGAGGAGGUUAUGUCUCUACCAUUGGCAGGAAUCGAGGCGAUUUUAUCAAGUGACGAUCUCCAGAUUGCAUCAGAGGAUGCGGUUUAUGAUUUCAUCUUGAAAUGGGCAAGAGCGCAGUACCCUUCGUUGGAGGAGCGAAGAGAGAUUCUCGGGUCACGCCUCGCGCUAUCCAUCCGCUUCCCAUUUAUGACAUGCAGAAAGCUGAAGAAGGUGCUGACUUGCAGCGACUUCGACCACGAGAUAGCAUCAAAGCUCGUUCUAGAAGCUCUUUUCUUCAAGGCGGAAGCCCCACACAGGCAACGCAGCCUAGCCGCGGAAGAAUCAGCCUCCGUGAACCGACGCCUCAUAGAAAGAGCUUACAAAUACAGACCGGUUAAAGUCGUCGAGUUCGAGCUUCCUAGGCCGCAGUGCGUGGUCUACCUAGACCUUAAAAGAGAAGAAUGCGCAGGGCUGUUCCCCUCGGGGAGAGUCUAUUCGCAGGCCUUUCACUUAGGCGGUCAAGGCUUUUUCCUCUCGGCGCACUGCAACAUGGACCAGCAGAGCUCUUUCCACUGUUUUGGAUUGUUUCUCGGGAUGCAGGAGAAAGGGUCGGUGAGUUUUGGAGUGGACUACGAGUUCUCGGCGAGGUCGAAGCCAUCGGAGGAGUUCAUAAGCAAGUACAAAGGGAACUACACGUUCACAGGAGGGAAAGCAGUUGGGUACAGGAACUUGUUUGGGAUCCCAUGGACGUCUUUUAUUGCGGAGGAUAGUCUUUACUUCAUCAAUGGCAUACUCCAUCUCAGAGCUGAGCUUACCAUCAAAAGGUCUAAUGAUCCUCCUCCUCAGUGACCUUUUUCUUAUCUUAGCUACUUGUUGUCUUUUUCUCUCUAACCAACUCUUGUUUCUUAUGUAAGGCUUGACGAAGAGUAGAGAGCUUUAUAAAGAGUCUUUAAGGUUCUAAAGAAACUUUUCUAGAACGAGGGACGUUUAAGAAGGAUGUACAUGCCUUGACGCUUUACUCUUGGCAUGGUUUUAGUAAAUGACUUUUCAGUAAGAUUGUUAGGGUUUGAUUUGUAUUAUGAACGAAGUUGUGACACAGCAAAAAAUAAUGUGCAAUAUUAAAUAGUAAAGCUGGUUCUUCUAUGCAA